AUAUAUAAUCCCGAACUCUGCAUGAAAAACAUGGAGAAUACUGUAUAAAUUAGGUAAAUUAUUCAGACUAAACAUCUAUGCUAAUUACCCAGCACUAUUAAGCAACAAAAAAUAAUUUUAAAAAAUCAAGUGGUUAUUCAAUGUGGUUGGUUGCCUGCAACAAGGAUUGUCAGACUUUUCAUUGCUUGGUUACCACUAUAUUUCUGUGCAUCAUAAUAAAUAAAAUACAUUACAUCUUCAGUUUUUUGCUGGUGUCAAUCUGGUAGAAAUCAAAAUAAUAAAUCAAAUAAACACUCAGCAUUAUGCGAUAGAUGAAGCUGAUAAGAGCAUCAGAAUUUGCAUUUUAAUAGUGCUAUCCACACCUUUGUCAAUUCUGUUCUUUCAUACUAAUACAAUUCUUCAGAGAAAAAAACAUUUUAUCAAGCAAUCAUUUAAAUUCCUAAAUAAAGGUGUCAAAUAAUUGGAAUCCCUGUUUUCAAUACUUUGCAUAUCCUCCCUUCACAAGGAUAAAACUACUGUGUUGUCAUUCAUAGUGAUUUAUAAGAUUAGUGAAUUUAUUGGGUCAAUGUUUGACUAUUCCUCCAUACAGAAUCCAGAAAAAAGUCCUUCAGAUCCUUUGGUCUACCUUUGUGGACAGCUUAUCUGGUCUAGUGGACCAGAGAUUUUGUCUGGAGACUGCGAUGACAAUUGAAAACAAUUGAGAUAUGUGUCAAAAUUCAGGGAGCAGGUAAAGCAGGAAAAGCAGAUGAACAAGUCUUCACACAAAACCAUGGGCCUACCAAAGGUGGAGAUCCCCUCACCAGAGAAGUUCCUGCGCAAGUACUCCAAAGCAUCCAAACUUUCUGAUAAGAUAACGCCAUUCAAGGAGGAAAACCUAAGAAGGAUGCCGAUAUCGACCAGGUCCGACUGCUCAUGGAUGCGCACACAGUUAAGAAAGGACUAUAUAAAGAGCAACGCCAUUGACAACAUCCUCUCACCACCACGGAAACCACAGCCUUCUUACACAUUGACAAAAAAUGGAGAUAAACAGCUUCUGGAAAAUUCUGGCCUUGUGCCAAAAUAUGUGAACAAAAAGGAUUACGGGCAGAUCCCUGAGUACCUGCAGCAGCGCAAAGAGAAGGAGAGAAGAGCCCAGGAGGAGUAUGACGAAUACAUCAAAGAGCGACUCAGACAGGGAGCCAUGAAGCAGCUCUCUGACGAGGAACGUCUGUCCACUCUUCAGGGGCUGAAGAAGAAUUUGGAGGAGAUGCUCCACCAGUACCAGUGUCUGUCCAUAGUGAUUGACACCAUCCCCAAGAGGAACCGCAAGGAGAAGCUGGAGUUGCAGAUGAAGAAGCUGGAGAGAGAUAUUGACCUCAUCGAGAGACACAAAACCAUCUACAUCACAAACAAUUGAGGGCACCAGUCCCACCAAUGUCCUAUCCUCUGAAAUUGUCACACAAUUUUGACAUCACUUUCAAACAUCAGUUCAUCAAUUUUUGCUAUCAAAUGAUUUGAAUUAACCCAGUGUUUGAGAAUUAAAUGACAGCAAACAUA